AGAGCUGAGGAGCCCUGGGGAAUCUCAAAGUUUGUGUCUGGAGCAGUAGUGGAAACAUCCUCGGCCCAGCGCGCCUCGGACCACCAUGGAGGUGCUGGAGAGCGGGGAGCAGAGCGUCCUGCAGUGGGACCGCAAGCUGAGCGAGCUGUCAGAGCCCGGGGAAACCGAGGCUCUCAUGUAUCACACGCACUUCUCAGAGCUGCUGGAUGAGUUUUCCCAGAACGUCUUGGGCCAGCUCCUGAACGACCCUUUCCUCUCAGAGAAGAGUGUGUCGAUGGAGGUAGAGCCGUCCCCAACGUCCCCGGCGCCUCUCAUUCAGGCCGAGCACAGCUACUCCCUGUGUGAGGAGCCUCGGGCCCAGUCACCGUUCGCCCACGUCACCGCCAGUGACAGCUUCAAUGAUGAUGAAGUGGAGAGUGAGAAAUGGUACCUGUCUACAGACUUUCCAUCAACAACCAUCAAGACAGAGCCAAUCACGGACGAGCCGCCCUCAGGACUAGUUCCGUCUGUCACUCUGACCAUCACUGCCAUCUCCACCCCUUUUGAAAAGGAGGAACCCCCUCUGGAAAUGAACGCUGGGGUUGAUUCCUCGUGUCAGACAGUUAUUCCUAAGAUUAAGCUGGAACCUCAUGAAGUGGAUCAGUUCCUCAACUUCUCUCCUAAGGAAGCCUCCGUGGACCACCUGCACUUACCGCCCACCCCUCCCAGCAGCCACAGCAGCGACUCAGAGGGCAGCCUGAGCCCCAGCCCGCGCCUGCACCCCUUUGGCCUGCCGCAGACCCACAGCCCCGCCAGGGCCCCAGCGCGGGCCCCCUCGGCACUUGCCAGCUCCCCACUCCUCACCGCACCGCACAAGCUGCAGGGAUCAGGCCCCCUGGUCCUGACGGAGGAGGAGAAGAGGACCCUGAUCGCCGAGGGCUAUCCCAUCCCCACCAAGUUGCCCCUGACAAAAUCAGAGGAGAAGGCCCUGAAGAAAAUCCGGAGGAAAAUCAAGAAUAAGAUUUCUGCCCAGGAAAGUAGGAGGAAGAAGAAGGAAUACAUGGACAGCUUGGAGAAAAAGGUGGAGUCUUGUUCAACAGAGAACUUGGAGCUUCGGAAGAAGGUGGAGGUUCUGGAGAACACCAACAGAACUCUCCUGCAGCAGCUGCAGAAGCUUCAGACUUUGGUGAUGGGCAAGGUUUCUCGCACCUGCAAGCUGGCUGGCACGCAGACUGGCACCUGCCUCAUGGUUGUUGUGUUAUGCUUUGCCGUUGCAUUCGGCACCUUCUUUCAGGGCAAUGGGCCCUAUCCUUCUGCCACCAAGAUGGCCCUGCCCAACCAGCAUUCCAUGCAGGAGCCCUACACAGCCUCCGUUGUGAGAUCCAGGAACCUGCUGAUCUAUGAGGAACAUUCUCCCCUGGAGGAGCCGUCCAGUUCGGCCUCGGCUGGGGAGCUCGGGCGCUGGGACGGAGGUUCCUCCCUGCUCAGGGCAUCAGGGCUGGAGUCCAGGCCUGACGUGGAUCUUCCCCAUUUCAUUAUAUCAAAUGAGACCAGCCUGGAGAAGUCAGUGCUGUUGGAGCUGCAGCAGCACUUGGUCAGCACCAAACUGGAGGGGAAUGAAACACUGAAAGUUGUAGAACUCGACAGAAGAGUGAACGCCACCUUUUAAAGAGACCGUCGCCACCUCCCUCUAUCUCCUCACUCUACCUUUAUGUCUCCAAACCGCCUUUGUCGUAAGCUUUUCCUUUUUGCCACCCGAUCUUGACCGAAGACCUGGACGUGCAGUCAUGGCUUUGGAUGCGAGGACAGCCUGGGAUUUCCACCCACGGUGAGAGAGCGCCUCCCCCGGUCCCACGUCCCUCCCUGCAGAAGGGGGCCCACUUCUCUCCCUCCCUGUUGCUUACUGCCAUAGGAAAUUAUCUUAGGGUCAGGGGUGGGACGAGCAGGCUUGUUUCUACCGACAGUGCCAAAAAGAUACUGCCUGCUUCUCACCGGGGUGGGUGUGACCACCUCUUUGAAGAAGAGCUGACUCUUGUUCAUUCGAGACCCCCAACUCGAGCCACAAAAAUACCAGGAUGCGUGUUGGAAUCUGGCAAAGCACUGACUGACGUCCUGCCUUGCUCAGCCUGGGUCUCUCCUGCCGCUCUGCGCUGAGCCCCCGCUGACUUGUCCUCCGGCACUGGAGCUGGAGCGAGGCGUCCCCUUCGUACUCUCAGGCCGCAAGUGCAAUGCCUGAAGGAAUCAGGCUUUUCUACUCCAGGCAAACCUGCCCCAUCAUGUUGCUUGUAGGAUUUCUCCACAAUCUGUGUUCCCACACGCCCCUAGUUCUGCCUCCUUGGCUUCUCCUCCCCAUUUGUAAAUAGUAUUUAUUAGCUUUCUGAGGCUUCCCUGGGCAACCACACUGAAGACAUCCGGACGCCUCCCUCCAAGCUAGCAAAGUCUUCUGUUGGCCUUUGGAGCGAGGAGGGCACCCUAGGCUCUGGGAUCCCCAAUCCUUCCAGGCCAUGUUUUGCUUUCUUUUCUUCUUUUUUGCUGGAGCCCUAUAAUUAUAGUUGGGAAAUCUCCCUAAGCAUGUGUCCUCCUGUAGAAUGAACUCAGAGGGAAAGUUGGAGCAGUGCCUUGCUCAGGUCUGGGGCUCUGUGGAUAGAUGCUUUUUCUGUCCCAUACCCAUAACAGGGAAGGGAAGCCCUGUCCCUGACAGCAGGUGUUUCAGACAACCCUGCUAGCUUGUCUCUCUCCACCUCCCCUGACACUUCUGCCUUCCCCCUCCUCUUCUGCCUCAACACAGGAGGUGAGCCUGAGGCCUGUUCCUGGGGUCAGAGUAGGUGACAUUUGUGUAUCCAGGCUUACCUUUUAUAGUCAGGUUUGGCUACUUUGCAGCUCACCCAAAGAGACACGACCUAAUCCCCCAACCUACUCUUAUUUUUUUUAAUGAUUAAAAGUAACUUUUGUAGUUUUAAAAAAACUUUCCUCUUUCCUACAAAUAAGAAAUGGAAAUUGACCUUUUACUGUAUAAUGUAGAAGACUCCCCUUAAAUGUUUUUCCCUAGCUUGUAAAAGAUUUCGUGUAAGAAAUUUGCUCACGUUUUGUAUUUUAUUUUUAGUAGUAGCUGAAGCACCCUUAGCUUUAACUCUCUCUCUGUCUCCGUUUCUGUCUCUCAUCUACAUUGUCAUUGGAACCUGUACUUAGGAGAGAUUAAGCCACACCUGGGCCUUCUGUUCCAUAGCAGACACAGGAUUUGGUGUCAUUAGCAUUUGCCGUCAGACCUCAUAAGCAGAUCUGGUACCUUCGGGGCUCACCGUCAGUGAUUCCUCUCUCCCUACUGUGAUGGAGAGAGUUCUGGCUGGGAGGCGGCCAAAUUCAUCUUCUUAGCACUGAUGUAAAGCUGGAUCAGGAUUGCAGUGGUCCUGGCAGCCCUCUCGGCCCUCUGCAUGCCUCUCGCUGUCCCUUCCGUUGGCCAGGGAGGGCUGAGAUGGGCUGGGCUGUGCAGGAGGAAGGUUGCUAGCAUGCGCCCCGCUUCUGUUUCUCUCUACCUUCUCCUCUCCUUCUCCUCUUCUGCUCUAGACCCUCUUGGGCCUGGCUGGUGUCUGCUAACCAUGGGCCACUACUGACCCAUCCCUCUCUUUAAAAUGUCAUGUAAUUAUCAGACAUGAGCAGCCUGUGUGUGGGGGUAGGGAGAGGGCGGCUAAGAAGGUAAGAAUAUAGAAUUAACUCAAGUAGUAUUUGGACGAUAAGAAAGGCAAGCUUUUGUAUGUCAGUGAGAAUGGGUCAUCUUACCCACCUGACGCACUGGAACCAGAUCGGAUUUUUAAAUCUCCUGGAUUAGCCUGAGUAGACAACUGGCUCUUCUGAAUAAGGAGGGAGAAGGAAAAGGGCAGCAAACUCCUAGCGCCUGUCUUUAGUGCCUUGAGGAUUUUAUUUCCUCCCUGACCUACCCUUGCUUGACAUCACUGUCUCCAGCCCUCCAUACGGCAGGGCUUGAUCUCUGGGAAACCUUUCUUCCCACAACUGAAUCUGUGUCUAGAGACCAGGGACAUCAGCCUGAGAGCUCAAAUGGCCAUCGUAAGGGGAUCCAAGGACCAAUUGCUGCUAUUAUGAGAAAGACCUCUGCCCUCCACUCCUUGCUUGGGCGAGUAAGGGGAACUAAACAGUUAUCUCUUUAGGAGGACGUCAUGGAGUCAAGAGGAUGCAGAAGAGUUGGAUAAUACCAGAUUGGUUCCAAAUAGUUAAUGGGUGUGUGCACCUUUUCUGUUCCAGGGUUAAGCCCACAGUGUCAGUGGAUUUGUUUCCCCCCCCAGAGCCAUCCCAUAGAUGAGUCAGUAAUACCUGGUUAGCCCUGAAGAUGUCAAAUAGUGGCAGCCUUUUGGCUUCUGAACCUCAGUUUUGGAAAGUAAGAGACGGUUAGCACAACCAUCAAUCAUAAAGAAUCAAUGUUAAUGAUAAACAUAUUAAUAUAUUUUUCAUUAUGGCAACAGCUUUUCCUCUUUCCUUUCUUUGAUUAGCUUAGUGGAGGAGAUGUCUUGCAAAAGUUCAGAGAACACGUACUUUUUUACUGGAUGAGACCUGAGUAACCCAGACCCCCCAGUGAGGUUCUAUUCACAGCUCUUGACUUUGCACUUAGAAAUGGAUACUGUAAAUGAAAGGCCUCAGUGCCAGGUUUAAGAAAGAAUUUCUGUGAAGUGUUAGGACUCUGGAGCCUAGCUCACAUAAAGGGAGUGUUACAUAAGAAUCUGACAGCUGAACUAGGUUGCUCCUUUUGGGCAGGAGGUGGGGAUGAGGUUUGACACCAGUACAGGCAAAAUUAGAUAACCUUUUUAUGAAUAUAAAUAUUUUGAUUUAAAGACCUAAUUUGUAGAUUGUGAAAGCAGCUUUUAGCUCAACUUAUUUACAAACCAACUAUAAGUACCAUGUUUUUUUCUUCCUAAAUCUCUCGGUUUAGCCUGAAUGCCGAGAGAGGGCUGUGAAUCUCGUGUACCCUUGGAGCAGGAGUCUUGAAUUGGUUCACCAUUAUUCUGGCAGUGAGUCAGUGUCCAGAAUUUUUGACAGAGGUGUUUUAUUAAAAUUUUUUUAGCACUUUGUGCCUCCUUCCUCCUAUGUCCUCACACCAAGCAAAAGACAAGGAUCAGAGGCCCUUCGGGGCCAGCGCCUCCGAACACACGUGUCACGUGAGCACGUUGCACACUCAGAGACCUCCCUCUCCCCGUUGAGGAAACGGAGCAUCCGUGCCGGCCUUGCUAACGUGCGGAGAUGGGAGACGGAGGAGAAGGUAUUAGUCUCCCCCUUCUCUGCCAAGAGCUCUUGUCACUAAUUCGGUUCUGUUGAAUCCAGUCUUUGAGAAACCUUUACUACAGACACCAGCUCUCCUGCUUGCGGUGCAGGCAGGACCUGUGAGACAGACCAGUAGCAGGUGGGGCCCUGGUCCGAGUCAUUUUCUUUGAAUGCUUUUCAGCUGAGACAAUUAGGAGACGUGAUCGCAUAAGCCCCUCUGGGAGGGCAGCUACAGGAGAGAGUAGGGGGCUGUGAAGCAGCCAGAGACAGAGUUCAGAUUUUUCAUUCAUUCAUUCAUUCAUUGAGUCAGUCAUUCACUCCCAAGGAAGAGUGUUGCAGAAGGCCCUAGUGACUAUUGGGGAAGAAGGGGGCUGAGGAAGCUUCAUUAAUCAAUAGCUCUUCAAAAGACCCAUGUGCCAGCUCUCUCUCUCUCUCCUUUUUCUCUCCCUCUCCCUCUCUCUCUCCCUUUUGCGCAGGCAUGCGCACACAUGCACACUCGCACACUCGCACACACGUUCCUCCCUCAUCUUGGACACUCGUUUGUGCCUUACAUGUGCCUUAUAUUUGAAUCCAGGAUGACUGAGAACUACCUAGGGGCUGGGAGAUUUUAUAUACAGCUUUGUGGUACUAGACUAAGGUGGACAUGGGAAAAGGAACUUUUUUCCAAAGGCUCAAAAAUGGUUUCCUAAAAGUGAGCCACGAUCAGAUUUGCACAUCAGGAGAAAAGGAACAGAGUUAUGUCCAUUAGGAAAAUCCCAUCCUGCAGAGGUGCAAUCACAUCAGAAAAUGGCCAGCCGGGAUUAAAGGUAUUGUAAAUCCUCAGAGCAGAACAUUUUCUCAGCUCAGAGGAACCUGACGCAUUUGAGGAUUAAGGCUCCAUGUCUCCGUGGACAAAGGGUCAGCACCUACCACAGGACAAGACUAGGUAUUGUUUCGUUUUGUCCUUUUGGGCAACAUAAAAUCUGGGAAUGCUUUAUUUUGUCUUGGUUUCUAGAAGGAAGGGAAAUAAUAAUGCUUGAGCACCUACUAGAUGCUGGGUACUGUGCUAAAUAAGUCUUAAUUUUAUAGAAAGAGAAAACAAGGGCAACUAAUUACUAUAGAUGGAUAAACAGCUAAGUGAUAUGGAAAGUGCAGCAAUUUGUGGAUCUCUUUCUGCGUGAACACGCUAUAAACUUUUAAGGUCCUCUGGGCAGGGAAUGCAGUGCCUACUUCCUAGGCUGGCCCUGCUGUGCAAAGUUCAGGUUUUUGCCUCAUGCUGGAGAUGUUCAUCUCCUGUCCGGUUCAUCCAAUCCUCUGUGAGUUCCAGCUAGCAGCCUUUGCAUCCUGGAAAAGCAACACCAGCGGUUUUAGCUGUUUCUCUGCUCCUCUUCCUUACUCACCAGCUGGCGGAGAACAAUGAACUUUUUGCACCAUGGACCCAUGGCCUAUGCUGUUCAGCAAAUCUCCCUUUCAGAUGAAACACUUUCUGAGUCUAUGAAAAACACCAGCACUCUUUGACAAAUUGUGAGCGACCCUUUUUAAACAAUGCUGAGCAGACUCUGCACUAUAAGCAACCAUGAGCUUUAAUGUCUCUGCUGACAGGCUGGGCUUUCCUCUCUCUGGUAACAACGUUAUACAGACCAGCAGUGUUUAAGUCUGAAUACAUUGUGCGUCUAUUAUCUGUCAUAUCAUGCUGUUUUUUAUGGCUUUUUAUUCUUUAUCAUAGCUAAGUAAAUACCAAAAAAAAGUAAAUGCUUUGUAGGAUACUUGUAUUUAGUUUGGAAAAAAAU